GUUUCAGCCUGUUGCUCACAACUUCCGACAUCACUCACCCGCCAGCAGCAUUCCUGUGAGGAAGCCCCGGCCCGCGCUCUCCUUACACGGCAUUACACGGACCGUGCACACCCCCCUGCCAGCCCCUGGGAGUGCCCCGGUGCCCGCCCAGUGACAGCUCCCCACAUCGCCCGGCCAGCUCCAUCACUGUGCCCCCCCCUGUGUGCCAGCAUGUCGGAUUCCGGACCGGAGCAGGGUGCCAGCUGCACAAGCUUUGUCAAAGCCUAUAUCCGUACCAGGAAAGGAGCCAUCUUAGCGGCGGAGAUUAUCAUUUGCCUUAUUGUCCUGAUCUGUUACGCCGCCUCAAACACUCCGGGAUACCUUGGCGUUGCGAUCACAGAACUCAUAUUCGCUAUCAUCUUUUUCUUCUUAUUCGCAUUCCGCUAUGAUCAGCAGAUCGCAUUAAUUCACUGGGGCUGGACCGAUUUUAUACGUGCGGCUGUGGGCGGUGGGCUUUUCAUAAUUCUGUCCAUAGUGUGUCUUAUCCGUGGCGGUGAUGGACCUGGUAUUGCCGGAUCGGUCUUUGGGCUUUUGGCAGGGAUCCUGUUCGCUUAUGAUGCUUUUAUCACAUUUCCUUCACUAAGGAAAACACAUACACAGGCCGCAACGGAAUCUCCCGAUAACAUCUAACAUACGUUUUGUACAAGCGGGAGGGAUCGGAGUGUCCUGCACAAGCUACAAGCCAGCAACAUGCUAUGACCCCCUCCCACCACACACUGCGGCCGCCCCCCAAAUGAUGAGGAUCCUGGCGGCCUAGUCAAUACUGUACCAUGGUGGAUGACUGAGCACACGUAUAUACGGGUGCAUUAUACCAGUAGAUGAAUGGGUCAUAUACGUGUGCUGCUUUCUUAAUUGUCAUCUAUCCACUAUAGGGGGAUUGUUUUACAUGUAAAAUUAAGCUUUUUUUUUUUUUUAUACGUUUGUCACAGUACAAUAAAUGUAUCUAUAACCUUG